CCAAAAUGGCGGACGAUCUGCCGUUCAAGGCUGAGUACGCGAAGUCGAACCGUUCUUCUUGCAAAUCGUGCAAGGAUAAUAUCUCAAAAGAUAGCCUGAGGCUGGCGAAAAUGGUCCAGUCCCCACACUUUGAUGGCAAGAUUCCCCAUUGGUUUCACUACAACUGUUUCUUCAAGAAGAUCAAAGCAAAAGCUUCCAGUGACAUAAGUGGCUUUGAUUCCUUAAGAUGGGAUGAUCAAGAGAAGAUCAGAGGCAAAAUGGAUGGGGGAGGAGAGGGUGGGGGUAAGGGAACUCAACCAGCUAACAGUGUUGCAGAUGACCUUUUGGUAGAGUAUGCUAAGUCUAGCCGUAGUAAAUGCAAAAACUGCAAGGAACAGAUUGACAAGGGAGAAGUUCGCCUUGCCAAGGUCAAGGAGCCGGAUGCUGAAUCAAGUGCUCCAGCUGGUGUUGCUAUUCCCUGGUGGCAUCAUAUUGAUUGCUUUCUGGAAAACCGUGAAUCUUUGGAGGUUGACUCUUCUGUGACAGCUGAGUCAUUCUCUGGAUUCACUAUCUUGAAGAAGGAAGACAAAGACUUGUUGAAGAGCAAACUGGGAACAGUGAAAUUGAAGAAGGCUGGGAAAGGGAACAAAAGAAAAGCACAAGCAGUGGAUGAAACAGAUGCUAAACGAACAAAGACAGCAGAGGAAGAUGAAUGUGAGAAAAAGUUGAAGGAACAAAGCAAAUUGGUAUGGAAAAUACGAGAUGAUUUGCAAAAGAACUGCUCCUUGCCAGAGCUGAGAGAAAUGUUGGAAGACAAUGGACUCAGUUCACAAGGAGGGGAAAGCUCUCUUCUUGACAGAUGUGCUGAUGGAAUGACAUUUGGAAGACUACUACCAUGUGAGGAAUGCAAAGGAGGUCAACUUGUGUACAGGACAGAAGGAUAUUGUUGUACAGGAAAUUUAACUGGCUGGACCAAAUGCACCUUUGUAACAAAACAACCCAAGCGAGAAAAGUGGACUGUUUCAAAAGAAUUAAAGGAAGAAUCAGACUUUUUGAAAAACUUCAAAUGCAAGAAGAGAGAAAGGAUCUUUCCUAAAGUGCCCACUGCUCCUGCUGUUACACCAUCCAAAGCAGUAAUCAAAUCAGAGUUGUCUCCUUCAAUGGCUUCUCCACUUUCUGCAGCAGCAUCUGAUAAACCACUUUCCAAUAUGAAAUUUGUUUUAAUUGGCAGACUUCAACAAAGCAAGAAAAUCACUAAGACAGUACAGGACCUAGGAGGAUCAGUGGUGGAGAAGGUUAAUGCCCUUUCGGAUUGCUGUAUUAGCACUCAAGCUGAGGUAGAUAAGAAAAGUAAAAAGAUGAAAGAUGCUGAGAAGUAUAAUGUGCCAGUUGUCAGUGAAAAAUAUUUGGAUGCUGUCAAAAAGGGAGGGGCUAAGCUGAUGAUCACACAACACAGUAUUGUACCAUGGGGAGAUAAAAAGGGUAAAAGUAUGGUUGAUGGUUCUCCUCCUCCAUCAGAAGCCAAAUCAAAGAUAAAGAAAAGUGCUUCAGAAGGUGGUGGUGCUGCCAAGAAGAUGAAGGUUGCCGUCAAAGGUGGAGCAGCAGUAGACCCAGAGUCAGAGAUGGAGGAUACGUGCCAUGUGCUAGAGGAGAAAGGAAACAUUUACAGUGCCACCCUCGGCUUAGUGGACAUUGUCAGAGGAACAAACUCUUACUACAAAUUGCAAAUUUUACAAGCUGAUAACGGAAAAGCUUGUCAUAUUUUUCGAUCAUGGGGAAGAGUUGGAACAACUAUCGGGGGAAACAAAUUAGAGCGUUGCGGAUCGCCAAGGUCAGCCAUCGAAAAAUUCAUGGAACUCUACGCUGAAAAAACAGGAAACAGUUGGCUGAAUAGAAAGAAUUUUGUCAAACACCCAAAUAAGUUCUACCCAUUGGAAAUUGACUAUGGACAGGAUGACGAAGAGUUAAAGACAACCAUUGCAGCCGGAAGUAAAUCCUUGCUACCUAUGCCUGUCCAAGAACUUAUUAAAAUGAUAUUCGAUGUGGAAUCCAUGAAGAAGACGCUGGUAGAGUUCGAAAUCGAUUUGAAGAAAAUGCCAUUGGGAAAACUAACAAGACGACAGAUUGAAAGUGCGUAUUCUGUUCUGGGAGAGGCGCAGAAAUUAAUUUCAGACGGAGGUAGCAGCAAUUCUCUUCUGGAUGCGUCAAAUAGAUUCUAUACCCUGAUCCCGCACGACUUUGGUAUGAAGAAACCCCCUCUCUUGGACAACUUGGAACUAAUUCAGGCUAAAGUGGGAAUGUUAGAUAACUUACUCGAUAUUGAGGUGGCUUACAGUCUGUUAAAGAGUGGUGAUGAGGACUUGGCCAAGGAUCCUUUGGACGUCAAUUAUGAAAAAUUAAAAACUGAUUUGGAGGUUCUAUCUAAAGGUAGUAAGGAGUUUUCUUUGAUUGACGAGUACGUCAAAAAUACUCAUGCUGAGACACACCAACAGUACGAACUUGAAAUACUUGAGGUUUUCAAGGUAAAUCGUCAUGGCGAGAAGGAACGAUUCCAGCCUUUCAAGGAACUACACAAUCGCCGCUUGUUGUGGCACGGGUCUCGCAACACAAACUACGCUGGCAUUUUAUCUCAAGGGCUCAGGAUCGCUCCACCUGAGGCCCCAGUGACAGGUUAUAUGUUUGGGAAAGGCGUUUACUUUGCUGAUAUGGUGUCCAAGUCAGCAAACUACUGUCGAACCACGCCCUCUGACAACAUUGGCCUAAUGAUGCUGUGCGAGGUUGCUUUAGGAAAUAUGCACGAAUUAACCGGGGCAAGCUACAUAUCAAAACCUCCCAAAGGGAAGCACAGCGUUAAAGGGUGCGGUAAGACUGGACCCGACCCUUCUGCGGACGUCACCUUAGAGGAUGGCACGAUUGUUCCUGUUGGCAAAGGAUGUAACACAAGUUUUAACGACUCCAGCCUCCUCUACAAUGAGUAUAUCGUGUACGAUGUUGGUCAAAUUAAUAUCAAAUAUCUGCUCAAGUUAAACUUCAAGUACAAAUACGGAUGGUGAAUUUAAUGUGUUGGUUUACCCUGCCUCCAAUAUAAGGGAAAAGAUUUAAGAAAAUACUUAAAAUUACUAAACUUGUUUUAAAUGAAUUAGAUGAAGUUAGUUAAGUUACUGUUCAAGUGUUACACUAGAGCUUGUUAGUUAUUGGUAAGGUAAGUGUUUCUUAACCCUGCAACUCCCAGAAGUGAUCAAACUUUAAGUUCUCCCUAUAAUAUCAAUACAUUAUCCAGCAAACAGGUAAUGAGAAUACUCUAAGUUAUCAGAGAGAGGUUGUUAUCUUUAUCUAACAACAAAUUCUCACAACUUAUUUGCAAGGAAAUGUGAAGUAGCUCGAGGGGAGAAUCAACAAUUAGAUCUUGGGAACUGAAGAGUUAACCCUUUAACUCCCAUUAGUGACCAAGACACAAUUUCUCUUUACAAUAUCAAUACAAUAUCAAGCAGACAAGUGAUGAGAAUAAAGAAAAAUAGAAAUUAGGGGAAUAGAAGUUGAUCCAAUACCACAUUCUCCAAACCAACAUCACUAAAACUGUAUGGCAAACAGUAAGGAGAAUUACUAAUGAGAUCUAGUGAGUGAAAGGGUUAACAAAUUGCCAUCAACGGUCAUGCGUUAGGUUUCAUUAGAGGGAAUUGGGAUUCGUAUGGUAAAUUGUUGCUGUUUUUAGUGUUUUGCUUUUGUCUUUUUUUUAUGAAAGACGUCUUUGUCUUGGGCUACCUAGAUUUAUUUACAUAAGACUCCUCGAGAGAGGAGCUAAGAAAGAGGGAACAGGCGUCUUCGCAAAAGCACACGAUUCCUCAAAAUAAAGGACAAAAAA